UAAUUUUCCAAGAAACGUCUUUAACUAGCUGUAUCUGUUCGUGUACGCGUCAAUUAUUUACUGAAAUUCGCGGAAGUUAUAUGUAAUACGAGUCGAUAAAGGCGAGAAUAGAUGGACCUACAAUUUUACUAAGCUUUUUCAUCCUAGAAACGAGAAUAGAUGGAUCUACAGUUUUACUCAUCUCCUUAACCCUAGAUAUAACACUCUUUAUCCUAAUUCUAUUUUAUAUUAUUUAUCUUUGAUCCCUAUUUUCAACGAACCGUUUCAUUCAAAUUUCUUCUUUUAUUAUCCUAUAGAAGUUCCUAGUAAAUCCAUAUCUGUUCCUCGUGUCAUCGAUGCUUAUCCAGAUUGCGUUUAUCCAGUCGAGAACUAACUUUUACGACCGUUCAUUUCAAACAUGAAGAGAGGAUGGUCAGAUCGUUACCGUACGAGACCGUGGAAAACCACGUCGUGUGGCCUCGUUGAUGACUUCCGGUAUGCCAACACAUCCGGCACGCGAACCUGUUGAUCACCUACCGCGAGGGUGCAAGUACCCCGAUACUGCGGUAAAACGUGCAGGUAGGUGUUCCCCGGUCGCAUUUAACAAAGGAAACAAACGGCAGGGGGUGGAAUCGAUGCUAAUGGUUUCGACAAACGGCAUACGAUCAUUUAACGAAACAGGAAGGGCGAUCUAUAUCCCUCGUUUCUGUCCUCCCCGGUACGAUCGAUGCGAUAAGGGUGAGCUUCCUCGAGCUGUUAGACACGCGUACCUAAUAUCGCGCUUCGAGUCUGCCGAACUGGUUCAAGGUCACCGGUUUACGUCAGAAAUGCCAAACCAGAGGAAUUCGAACGUGCAUGCCGAUAAAGUUCUUAAUUGAUCCUUAGUAUCAGUUUCUUGCCACGUAUGCCGUGUUGUGGUUAAUACGAUUAUGAGCGAACCACUUGGAACGUCAUGGGGAAAGGGAUGGGGGUUCGCAUGUAGCCUAUGUAAAUAAGAAAUUUAUGGUUGAAGGGUUUGUACUUAGAGAUUUUGUGACGUUGAGAGCUCUCUUUAUCGGAGAUUCUUUUUCUUCAGCUGACGAUUGUUGGAAAUAAUAGAAACGCUAGUUUAUAAAUAACUAAAUAUUUUGGAAAUAAUCGAAUCAUCGAUAGGUAUAAUUAAAAAAAUUUUUUUGGAAUUAAUGUACCAUAUCGUAAUAUUAUUUUGUCUUUCAAAGUUGUAGUUACGACUCUGUUUCAAUAACUUUGAAUUUAUGGAAGUUACAGUAUUAUUAUGAGUCACGCGUGACUUUAUGCAUUUGAUAUGCAAGAAAGUGCAUUUUUUGUUGAGUAUCAAGAAUGGUAUUUCGAUCACGAAAGUAUUGUUUACUUGUGUGCUUUCUUGUUUUCCGUAUCGCGUCAUAGCUUUAAUUUAGAGAGUUAAUGCUGGCAUCGCGUGUCUAGCUGUGAUCGACAGCUGCUACUGCGUCGCUGAAUUAACAGUGACUGCGUACAAAUGGGCAUUCCGGUUGGGAAUCCAUUAAACAAAGAUAUAUUUCUGUUCAUAGGAACAAAGAUAUAUUUCUGCUGGUAGAUACAAAGAUGCAUUUCUGCUUCGUUUCCUCCUUUGUUUUUCUUUCAAGCGUUUUAAAUCACAAAUAGACAUUUUGUUUCCUAUUUAUGUGGAAAAAAUGUAAAAGAAUUCUUUCUGUCCUAUCAUGAUAUCCGUAUGACACUGUUUGAAUAAGGCUAAUUAAUUGACUCCUUUCGUUUUUAUUAUUUCGAGUCUAUGUUAAAAUUAAACAUAUACAUUAUUAUAGUUAAUCAAUUAUAUCUACAUAUAUGCUAUGGUAGCUCUAAAAAGUUCCUAGCCAAAGGUCAUACUUCUAUUUCGAUUUAAUUCAUAUAUUAACAAAAUUCUCCUUAUAAGAAGUUUAACAACAUAGUAUGUACCAUAAUUUUAUUUACUUUAACGAAUACAUAUUACGUUAACGUAAUAGACGUCUUCUUCCGGGAAUAUUCUAAGACUAUACUACAGCCAGAAACUUUCCAACAGCCAUUACAUCACGUGUAUAAAAUUCCUAAAGUGCACGUGCACCCGUACUCUCCCUAGACGACCCCUUGAAGAGAACCAAACUAUCGUCGUAUAACAUCCAACAUAUACGUAUUUACACGAAGCCAAGGAGAAAAUUUUGCAACGGAAAGUGCUCUUGUAAUAUGUGAAAUGCUCCCGGUACGAAUCCACUUUACACAUCCAUGUCGCUUGAAAUGUUCGUGACACCCUGUCGGCUGCGCUGGUGGCGAACGGCGGAGCUUGCGCCCUGGCGAAUCUUUACGUUCCCUUGGUAGCCUCUAGACGGCAGUGGUGUGUCGGGUUAACAUUGUACCCCUGGCCCCUCCGAGGCCACCCCCAGCCACCGAUUGAACCGGUGAACCGGAGUCGAAGCAACCCCCAGCUAAGCCCUCGAGAGGCAGUCGUGAGCUUGGUGCCGAGCUGGGGCGAUGCUCGUCGCUCGCGUGUGCUUCGCGAUUGCACCGAGUGCUCGCCAUUCCGUGUCGUUACGCGCGUCGUUCGUCCCGUAUCGACAUCGUCGCGGUCGAUCGUCAUCGUCGCCGCCCUCGACCUCAUCUUCGUAUCCAUCCUGCUCGUCGUCGUUGUCACGGUUCACGUCGUUGUUCCCGAGGCUGCUGCCGCAACGAGGUCCGACGGUGCAACGACCGUGCGACCAUCGGACAGCCGCACGUGAGCACGGCCCUGGAUUCAACGCGAGAUGAGAAGAAACGUCUGACAAAACGGAUCGCAAAGGCAUGGCCAGCAGUACGGAGGAUUACGGGUCGGAAUUACAGGAGCUGCAGUGGGGUGGUGGUAGCGGGUCGCACUUCCUGCGCAGCGGCACUCACUUCCUGAGAAGCGGCACCGGUGGUUGCUACGAAGCUGAGGAUUUAGAGUCCACCAGCAGGCAUCAUGGUGGUCAACACAGGGGAUAUUAUAGCCCCCCGGGUACGAGUUACACGAUCGUCGAGAGACCACCGAGUGCUCCUCAUCACCAUUCCUCGCACACCACACCGUAUAGGCACAGGGGACACGCCACUGGAGGCUCUGGUGCUAUUUCGCCGGAACAGGUGCUUAGACUUUUUGGAAAUGGUGUGUCCGAGCGUCGACAGGGUGAUAGGAGAACGCCGGCGUCUUCGCCGGCGAGUGUCGCCGCUGUUCGAAGCACGCCAUCGUCAACGUCCCAGCAGCAACAGCAAUCGCAGCAGUCGCAACAAUCGCAGCCGAAUCCCGCGAAUCCUCCGACAUCACCGAGCUCUCAGCCAUUGAGUUUACAGGAGCUCACCGUAAGGACAAUCACCAUGACGAGAGAUCCACCGGACUCUCACCAUGGCUUUGGGAUCUGCGUGAAGGGUGGCAAGGACGCAGGUGAGAUCCGAAGUACCUUCAGGCUACCUCCAUCGCCGUACUUCGCGCCUCAAGAUCGAGAAGCGCAGUCAGGGGUGGGUGUCUACAUUUCGAGGGUGGAGGAGGGUUCGGUGGCCGAACGUGCUGGACUCAGGCCAGGAGACACCAUCUUGGAGGUAAACGGCACACCCUUCCGGGCGGUGACCCACGAGGAGGCCCUCAAAAUGCUGAAAUCAUGCAGGACCUUGAGUAUGACAGUGCGGGGACCAGCGUUGGAUCCCCGAUGUAGAGGUGGGCAUCCGGUGUGGUCUUCUUCCGGUCGCCAGCAGUCCUGCAGCUGGAUCGACCGUCAAGGUCGUCCAACAUCACCACCUCCACUUUAUCCACCUCGAGACUCGAGGUACGGUCCAAGGACGAGGAAGGUCGAGCUCUGCAUCGAACCCGGUCAGUCCCUUGGUUUGAUGAUCAGGGGUGGCCUUGAGUACGGCCUUGGGAUUUAUGUGACCGGGGUCGACAAGGACAGCGUAGCUGACCGAGCUGGACUCUUGGUAGGUGACCAAAUUAUCGAAGUAAAUGGACAAAACUUCGAGGAAGCAACACACGACGAGGCAGUGGAAAUUCUGAAGACGAACAAAAGAAUGACUCUGUUGAUUCGCGAUGUCGGAAAAGUGCCACAUUCUUGCACCACGAGUCAACCCAUCGUUAUGCCAACCUCUAGGUAUCCCGAACACGACCCUCUGCUCUUAGAAAGUCCAGGAAAUCAUCGACCACCGAGUCCUACCAUUGCGAGUGAUUGGAGGCACAGAGGCGGUAUGCACACGGUUUCUGCCGCGACAGCAGCGAUGGUGGAAGAAAAGGCGAGGGUGGUCCUCGCGAGAAGCGAGAGGGCUGCACUUUCUCAGCUGCUGGCUGAUUAUAGGACGCGUCGAAUGACGAUCGAGGAGCUGGUUGUCAGUUUAGGUGACCUGCUGAACACCCAUGAGAAACUAACUCUUCUAACCGAGCUGAGGGAACUCGUCGACAGUAAAGACAGAGCUGCUUUCGACGAUUUGGUUUACAGGCCUCGGGUAGCCAUGGCAAGGAGAAAAGGUGACCGUGCCCACUCGGAUUUAAUAGUGACGCCAUCGCUACACGAUCUUCCGAGGGGUGUACCCAGUGGUUGUUGCCGUCCAGGACGACUGGUGGACGUCGAGGGAGAUCCUCUAGGAGUAACAGGACCUCUUCUGCCGCGGGAUAACCAGGAAUAUAGAUCGCCCAGCGAGGACAGCGGUCUCGGGGCCGACAUGCCCAGGACCAGAGUGGGCUGUAGAAGGACGCAGCAGCACCAAGUGACGACCUCCGAUCUCGCCCUCUCCAACGACGACGAGUGCGACAACCAGGACUACGAGGACGAGCUGGAGAACGGACGUGGACGAAGGCACAGCUCGCCUGGUGGAUCACGAGGCAACCCUAGGGAUUACGGCCAUCAUCAUCUUCAUCCGGAUAAUUUGGAGAGCGACGGUGGUUGCGAUGGUAGCGACGCCGAGAUGAUCGGUAAUGGGAGACGCGGAGGCGGAACGGAAAGGGAUCGCGAUAUGGAGGAGGAUGAGGACGAAGGAAGGGAGGAAAGGAGCUCAGAGGGUGGAGGUGGUGGAGGUUUCGGUGGUUGGAGGUCCCACUUGCUCGGUGGGCUGACGCAACGUGUCAAAUCCUGGUACUGGGGCGCCAGGCCCCUCGAACUCGCGCACAAGCUCUCACGGAGCUUCGACAUGCAAGAAGCUCAGCUCCUCGAAGAGGGUGGUUCUGGUGCAGCUACUGCCGGGGCUGGAGGUGCCGGUGGUCCACCACGAAGGCAUCACAGCGCCCAAAGGUUGACUAGAAGCGAAAUGUCGGAGAGAAGAGAAGAAGAUGGCGCCCUUGUGGUUCCUGAUCAUCAGGGUAACCUGAGGAUCACUGUUAAGAAAACCAAGUCGAUUUUAGGUAUUGCCAUCGAGGGCGGUGCCAAUACCAAACAUCCGCUGCCCAGAAUCAUCAAUAUACAUGAUAAUGGAGCAGCGUACGAGGCCGGUGGUCUCGAGGUCGGUCAGCUAAUCCUAGAAGUCGACGGUCACAAGGUCGAAGGUCUCCAUCAUCAGGAGGUAGCAAGGCUGAUCGCAGAGUCGUUCGCGAGACGAGACCGCAACGAGAUCGAGUUCCUGGUAGUCGAGGCAAAGAAGAGCAAUUUGGAGCCGAAACCGACGGCUCUGAUAUUCCUGGAGGCGUAGCAGGAAUCUCCCACCUCCGAGCCGGAACCACCGUAGCCCAACGUGACCAGAGCUCGGCCCGCGACAUACUUGGAGCGUCGUAGACGCUGAACCGUCUGUUGAAGCUGAAGAGACCGAUGGAACGAGGAAAUCGAUCAUGAAGCUCGUCGAUCGACAAACGUAACGAAGACAAAUCGACGAAGAGAGAAAAGAAGACGAGCUUGCCUCUUCAUCUUCAUCGAACGCUCUCGAUUCGACGGUCGAGCUCUCAGUCAGGUGCUAACUGAACCUGGCCCUGGUGGUGGGAAUUUUUCAAGAAGAAAAUACAAAGAGUAAAAGGAAGGAAAGAUAAAGAAGCGCCACAGAUAGAGGAGGGGUUAGGCGGAGAGUGAAACUCGAUUAGCGAGUCAAUGGGAUGAUAAUUACACGAUCGUCGACACUAUCGUGGCUGCCCUCGUUGCUGACGAGCCAGGCUAUCGGAAGCUUCUAAUCCUUCGGCUUUCCAACUUUUUUGAUUCAAGAAGCCGUUUGAUAAGAACAAAUAUUGUCAAAGUUUGCGACGAGGAGUAAACGUACGGACGAUCCGGUGACAAAACACAGGAGUACAAAAGAGAUAUGGUUUGAAGAGACUAUUUAAGAGAGACACUUUGAGUGUGAGGAUGAUGUUAAAUGAGAGAAGGAAGGUUGACUGUGCCAAACUAUUAGGGAUUGUUUCGUGUAUACUAAUUAUGAUACUCUUAAUCGUAACGAGAUUCAAUCAGAGACUCUGCCAACACAAGAGAUUCACGAAUAUGUGAGUAGCAAAAUCGAGCGAUCCUGAGUGACGAACUUGUGCUUAACGGACACGAUCACGAAAGCUGUUCACGUGCAUGGAUCGAACGUAUCAAGAGUACGAGGCAGUGAGAUUAUGCGAGACAUGUGAUGAUUCAGUAAAAUGCGUUUUCCAGGAUCCUGGCCGAUGUCAUCGAUCAGGAUUUUCGUUGAUGCAGUUCCUCAACGGCUUAUUUAGUGGUACCGUGAUGACAAUCCGUUUAACUGUCUUUUAAACGUCUGAGAAAGAUACUUUUUCCAGCUACCACGCAAUUGUUUCAAGUUUCAAAUGUCUAAUUUCAAAGUUCAAAUUUUUUAUUUCAUAUUUUGAAUAAUUAUGAAAAUGAUUGUCAUAUAUUUCCAAAUCUAUCGAAUCACAGCCUGUUAAAAACCUUCGACUACGGAUCCACAAAACUCUAUUUUUGCAUAAAAUCUAGAUAAUCGUAUAAGCAAGUAAUUCGUACUUAAGAGAACCCAACAGGCGGCGAGGAAAAGGUGACGAGGAACAAAAUCGACGAAAGUCCUAACCGAGUGGAGCCUGAGAUUAACAUAGACUUAUUAUGGGAAUUGUUGAGGCUUAACAAGAUAUGUUAUAUAUACAUAUAUAUUAUAUGAUAAUAUUAUUAUUGACUAUCGUAGUGGAAUUGCAAACUUGUACCUACCCGAUCACACCUCAAGCGCGCACGGACUUCCGGUUGCUGGUGCGCGCUGAGGCGGCACCGAAGAGCGCGCAGAAGGGAAAACUGAGAAGAUUCUAUAAGAAUAUGCGAAAUAUUUUCAACAAGUUUAAAUAAAUAUAGAUACCGCGUACUUAGCAAUGGGCCUGAUCGUUCGAAUUUUUCGAGAGAUCGCGGACGAUCGUGCAUAGAAAAAAAAAAACAAAUUUCUUAAAAAAUCUGAAAAUUUUCGUGAUCGAAGACGAAUGAAGAAGAGGAGAAAGGAAGACAAAUUCUGCACUUUCUGGAAAAUUUGGAGAAAGCGUGAAACGAACAACACACGAUCACGAGAUCAUAAACGUUUGUUUGCAUAGUGGAUCACGUGGAAAUUAUUUUAGAAUCACGUUCGCGUGAGCGACGAUUCCUUCAAUUCGUACGCGCGCCACGCUUGGAAAACUCGAGGCUGUAUUUUUCAUACAGAGAUUUCAUGCUUUUUCACCUCACCUUGUUCACGUGGAUCACGUGAUUUAGGCAUUUUUUACGAUGAAUCAUAGACACGAUGACGAGAAGAAUUUUCUAAAUGAUACAUUUGUAUCGCCUUAUUGUAAUUGAUGUCUCGAACUUUUCGAUCGUUGUGCACGAUCACGUUGAUUUUCGUCGCUGUGUAAUUUGGAAAAAGAGAGAAGCAACUUGUUGUAUGUACGCGAGUUAGAACAGCGGUUCCUAUUAAUUUCGUUGAAAGAUCUUUGAAUCUUUCUUGGGCAAAAUCUUUUUUAGGUAAAUAACUCGUUCGUACAAUUUAGAGAGUUUUGUUUAAUUCAUUUUAUUAAGUAAGGAGAAAGUAGAAUUGGUACGUGUUUCAGUUCUUCCGGAUCGUUUUACAAAGCACAAGGAAUUAAAUUUCAAAUUAAGUAGAAAGUUCGAUUUUCUUUCGUGAGUUGAAAGAAUAUUUACUUUGUGGAACUGCUUCGUUAGUGUCGACAAACGGUUUUUCGCUAACUAUUUAUAACGUAAUUGUUACCGCAAUAAUUACAUUUAAACGAGUAGUAGUUACUAAUUAUCAAUUCGUGAGUAUAAACGUAGCGACUGUUGUUGUAAAAGUAAAUGGUUAUCGAUACGUCUUGUUUAAUAUCUCUACCUGUUACCAAGUUAAACGUAAUUUUACGAGUAGUAGUGUGUAUACGUUGAAUGUCGACGAGUCCACAAGUCGUUCUAUCGAAUGCCGAUGAUCGUCCGCGAUCUUGCUCGCUUUAACAAAAAUGAUAAAAAAAGAUAAAAAGAUGCAAAAAAAAAAAUAAAACGUGAAAAAAAUACCGCGCAAGCUUAAGUAGUAAAUUAUCGCGUAUAUGUAACGAAACAGCCGAAUCGGGACGCAGGCCAAUGAGAGAAAGCGAGAAACGAUUCGACGAAAGCCACUGACGGUUCAAAGAUUCGCGUUUAAUCAAAUUCCAAUGGAGUUUUUCGAUAAUGUCGUGUCACGAAUAUAAACGUAUUGUCGGAGUUUAUGUCAUAGAAUUACUGUUUUAUAAUAACAUCUAGUCAAAUAAGGUAAUAUAUCGUUUAAAUGAUAAUUCUUGAAAUAUUUCAUUCAAAUAAUACGUAAGCCCUUUUAUCUAAUUUAAUUCUUUGCAUUACUCAAUCUAGAAGGCUACUUUUCGAUAAAAAUUCUCAAUAAAGUAUUUAGAUAAUAUUACUAUUAUCUGAAACGAUCAAGCUAUACUAUUACGGUAUAAACACUUUUGCAUUUGCAUUAAUUUUUAAACAUUAAAAAAGGAGAGAACGAAUGGAAUUUUUUGAUCGUCAGUGCGCUAACCAAGAAAGCACGUUUCAAAACAGUAAUGUACCUGGACGCGUGUACGACGUAUUCCGGUAAAUGUGCCAAAGAGAAGAAAAAGCUCUACGGAGAGGAAGAAAGAAAAGGAAGAGAAAAGGAGGAGCGCGGAAAGCGGGAAAGUUGUGCAUACAAUUACAAGUGCAAAAUGCAAAACAAGACGGAAACUAUUACGAGUGGACGAUCGAGAGAAGAAAAGAAACCGCAAAGAAAAAACAAAGAGGAUGGUUUUUCGUAGCUGGUGUGCACUCGAGUUGUUUUCUUCGUUGUUGCUUUGUAACGCAAGGAUGCAAUUGCACCGCUUGUCGCGAACAAGCCACGGGAUUAAGAAACACGAGAAAUAGAAACGAAAAAGAGAAUAAGAUGGGAAAUGAAAGAACAAAGAUGGAAACGAUAGAUAAAACGCGGCUAGUUGCUAUUCGGCUAAGCAAACAGACAAAACUAAAAAAUACCUCGUGUGUUAGUGUUUCUUCCUGUUUUCGAAGCGAAUUUUUCUAACGAAGCAUCCAAAAUAAAUUCGACGUCCCGAAUAAAGAACAAGGAAUAAAAGAGGAAGAGGAACGAACGAUGAAAAAACAAAGCAUGGGAGGAAAAAUCACUAUGGAAAGUGGGACAAGAAAUGAAAAGAAACGAAAGAAAGAAGGAGAUGAUAUUUUUGUAAAAGCCUUCGAUGUAUAACGCAAUCACCGGAGCGAUUCGAAGAUCUCAGCUGACAUAUCCGACAAUGCCUUACCGCUUUGAUGAAAGAAACAAGAAAAAAAAACGAAUGGGUUCGUGAAAGCGACGCGAACCGAUCACGAUCGAGGAAAAUGUUCGUUGGAACUUCCCAUUGAUCAGCGUCAGUGGAUACAGUACGGUGCGAAGCAAUUGGCACACAUAGCAUUGGCUUUUCGAUCUUUCGAUUUUGCUUAACGAUCGGACACAGAGCGGAGCGACGCUGAUAAUCUUUCUGGUUGAAGAGUUAUGUAAAGCAGAAAAGUGGGAAAAACUGGUUCUAUCGGGCUCGGUUCGAAACGGAGAGCGUUGUUUAUAAAUGUACGCUGGAAUCGGUAUUCCUAUUUUUUAAACUCGUGCAAGUAAUCUUAAAAAAUGAAAGAAACGUUUACUCGAUAUUUGGAAUAUAUGAAGGAAAAGAUUUGUCAGAGUUUAAACGUAUUUUUUGCUUCACGCGAGAAUAAAAUAAAUGGUAUUCGAUUUGGAAAUGAAUUAUCCAGGUUUCUUAAUUAAAUGUUCGGAGAGGAACCUGUAAAUCUAGACGUAAGAAAAUUUACAAGAGUCUUUUCUCUUUUCGUUUCAUUUAAAUACAUUCAACUGAAAAAGUUAUCAGUAAGUUUCUCCAUCAUCCAAUUGCAACAAAAAUAUAUCAAAACUAUGAUACAAUAGGAAUGAAAGGAAAUAUCUAUCGUUUAAAGACUGCCAAACUGUUGCAAUUAACCACGUAAUUACAUUAACAGCUUCAUUAUCUUGCACGAUGUAUGCUUCACGGUCGCUGAUCCUCCGAUCCCAUCGAGACAAGAAGAGAAAACAGAUUCGUCGCUAGCUAUUUUUCCACACACAAGUUCCCUUUAUUCCACAGCAGACGAAGGUUUCGAACGUUUCAAGAAAAAUACUGUCGCUCUCGGUCGAUCGCUUUUCAAUUUCACGAAAAAUAUCAGCUACUGCAAACAGAGAGACAGAGAGAAAAA